GCAGCGGCCACGGUCUGCCUCCAGCCGGCUGCUGCGAAAACCCGGAGCAGCUGCGUGCGCUCGUGGACAGCCUUCCUGGGAGCCAAGCCCGGCAGCUGGGCAUGCUCAGUAGCUGGGGGAGGUUCGGGUGGAGAGUAGAAAGCCUUGCCUCUGCCUCCCACCCCCCCUUCCUCCGGCCCCCGCCCCCCUCGCCCCUACCCAGCCCGUAGUAGUUCCCCAGCGUGCGCUCGGGGAGACCGGGAACAUGGCGCUCAGAGCGAUGGAGCUGCUGCGGAGAUGGGAAUGAGGCACCUCUGCUUCGCUGACAGCCGGCCGCCAGAAAUAUACUGUGGAGAAAUUCUUGCACCUCUUGCUAAAAUGAACUCUGAGGAAAAAUGAAGAAAACUGGAGAACUCCCAAGAAAAAGUUGCAGAUCACAAAUAGCCACAUUCCUCUGGGGUCUUUAAUUCAUCCAUAACCAUCGACAAAAGGUUUUGGCAUCAUGUUUGGGAAGAAAAAGAAAAAGAUUGAAAUAUCUGGUCCAUCCAACUUUGAGCACAGGGUGCAUACUGGGUUUGAUCCACAAGAACAGAAGUUUACUGGCCUUCCGCAGCAAUGGCACAGCCUGUUAGCGGACACUGCCAACAGACCGAAGCCCAUGGUGGAUCCUUCCUGCAUUACACCCAUACAACUGGCUCCUAUGAAGACAAUCGUUAGAGGAAACAAACCCUGCAAGGAAACCUCCAUCAACGGCCUGCUGGAGGAUUUUGACAACAUCUCUGUGACACGCUCCAACUCCCUAAGGAAAGAAAGCCCGCCCACCCCAGAUCAGGGAGCCUCCAGCCAUGGGCAAGGCCAUUUGGAAGAAAAUGGCUUCAUCACCUUCUCACAGUACUCCAGCGAAUCCGAUACCACUGUUGACUACCUGACCGAGAAGUACAGAGAGAAGAGUCUCUAUGGAGACGAUCUGGAUCCGUACUAUAAAGGCAGCCAUGGAACCAAGCAAAACGGACACGUGAUGAGAAUGAAGCAUGGUGAGGCCUACUAUUCUGACAUGAAACCUGUGAAAGGCGAAUUGGCCAGAUUUCCCGUCGAUUAUCACACCCACUUGGACUCGCUGAGCAAACCAGGCCACUACAGUGAUCUCAAGUGGGAGUACCAGCGAGCCUCGAGCUGCUCCCCUCUGGAUUACCCAUUCCAGUUCAUGCCUUCUAGAACUGCAGGGGCCAGUGGGUGCUCCAAGGAGAGUCUGGCCUACAGUGAAAGUGAGUGGGCACCAAGCCUGGAGGACUAUGACAGGAGGCCAAAGUCAUCCUACAUGAACCAGACAAGCCCUCAGCCAGGCAUGCGGCAGAGGUCCAGGUCAGGAUCAGGGCUCCAGGAACCCAUGAUGCCCUUCGGAGCAAGUGCAUUUAAAACCCACCCCCAGGGACACUCCUACAGCUCCUACACCUACCCUCGCUUGUCCGAGCCCACAACGUGCUUUCCAAAGGUGGACUACGAUCGAGCACAGAUGGUCCUCAGCCCUCCACUGUCAGGGUCCGACACCUAUCCCAGAGGCCCCGCCAAACUACCUCAAAGUCAAAGCAAAGUGAGCUAUUCCUCCAGCAGCCACCAGUACCCAUCUGAGUACCACAAAGCCUCCCUGUACCACCAGCCCUCCCUGCAGACCAGUUCGCAGUACAUCUCCACAGCAUCUUAUCUGAGUUCCCUCAGCAUCUCAUCCAGUACCUACCCGCCACCCAGCUGGGGUUCCUCCUCAGACCAGCAGCCCACCAGGGUAUCCCACGAACAAUUUCGAGCUGCCCUGCAGCUGGUGGUCAGCCCAGGAGACCCCCGGGAGUACUUGGACAACUUUAUCAAAAUCGGGGAAGGGUCUACUGGCAUUGUAUGCAUCGCCACUGAAAAACACACAGGGAAACAAGUUGCGGUUAAGAAAAUGGACCUCCGGAAGCAGCAAAGACGAGAGCUGCUUUUUAAUGAGGUUGUGAUCAUGCGGGACUACCACCAUGACAAUGUGGUCGAUAUGUACAACAGCUAUCUGGUGGGCGAUGAGCUCUGGGUGGUCAUGGAGUUCCUGGAAGGUGGUGCCUUGACAGACAUCGUUACUCACACCAGAAUGAAUGAAGAGCAGAUAGCUACUGUCUGCCUGUCAGUUCUAAGAGCCCUUUCAUACCUUCACAACCAGGGGGUGAUUCACAGAGACAUAAAGAGUGACUCCAUCCUCCUGACCAGCGAUGGCCGGAUAAAGUUAUCUGACUUUGGUUUCUGUGCUCAAGUGUCCAAAGAGGUGCCGAAGAGGAAAUCAUUGGUUGGCACUCCCUACUGGAUGGCACCGGAGGUGAUUUCUAGGCUACCUUAUGGGACAGAGGUGGACAUCUGGUCCCUCGGGAUCAUGGUGAUAGAGAUGAUUGAUGGCGAGCCCCCCUACUUCAAUGAACCUCCCCUCCAGGCAAUGCGGAGGAUCCGUGACAGUUUACCCCCGAGAGUGAAGGACCUACACAAGAUUUCUUCAGUGCUCCGGGGAUUCCUCGACCUGAUGCUCGUGCGGGAGCCCUCUCAGAGAGCCACAGCCCAGGAACUCCUUGGCCAUCCAUUCCUCAAACUGGCAGGUCCACCAUCUUGCAUCGUUCCCCUCAUGAGACAAUACCGGCAUCAUUGAGCAGAGACCUCCUCUAGGUGACAGAGCCAGUCGAGGACAUGAGAAUAAUUCAGGAGAGCAUGAGGAAACCAUAGAACAUGCAAAAGGCCUGUGCAUUCCAGACCAGCUAAUGGGCGGGGCAGUGUGACGACCGGCAGGGUUUGGCAGACCAGGGCGUCCUCUUGUGUCUUAAAUAGGCGUCUCUCCGCUGACAGCCAAGUGGUCGUUGGGAGCAUGGCAUUACUAAGUCGUUAUAUUUUUCAGCCCUUCAUCCAGCAAUCCGAAGGACUCAGUGCAAACUCCGUUAUGACAUAUCCUAGCCACAUGCAGGGUAACAUGUAGGAUUUUCUAUACUGAAAGAAUACUUUUCUGGCAAAAAAAAAAAAAAAAAGGAAGGAAGGAAAACAAAAAAGCACUUUUUUUCUUAAUGGUAUCCGUGUAAUGUAUUUUGCAAUGAAUUUGUAACUUUUCUGUACGAUAGUUUUGAUAAUUUAUAGUACUCUGAUGUCAUGUAGCCAUUGUAUUGGUUGAAGUACUACUUGUUUACUAGCGGGAGUUUGAACAAAGCCUUUCCUACUUUUUUAUCCCUUUCAGAGAACCAACGAUUCUUUAGGAACUUUGGAUACUGAAUGACUCUCAGUCACCGUCAGCUUUAGUAGAAUAUCUUUCUUACCUUAACAAGUGUCUUAUGUGAUGGAAGAAUUAAGAGUGAUGGUGUGCACAUUUCAUCUACCCAACCAAAAAUAAAUGACAUGAAAUUUGAGCCACAGUAUACCAUGCAGCAACUCUUGGGGAUAAGGCUAGAUGUUUCAAAAAAAAAAAUCACGUUUUGUUUCCAGGCUUCCAGGAGCAAACUAUUUUUCUGCACACCAGGCUAUUCUUCUCAGUACCCUCUCUCAGAUAGGUGUAGCGUCCCCUAGUGGCCAGAUUUUUCUCCCAGGGAGUAAUUCAGUGCUAGAUCAUGGACUCAGUUCCCCACAUUGAAUGUCUGAGUGAGACCAUGAGAAUUUCAACCUCAAGAAAGGAGAGGGGGUAAACAGGGCAAGAUGUUUGGUUUCAGUCGUCAUUGUCUAUAAAACCGUAUGCUAGCACGCCAAACACUUGUCUGUAUUUCCCUAUGGACCACAGUAUUCAUUGCUAUUGUUCAUGUAUCGUGCAGGAAGUCUGAACGGACCUGAGGAUGAACUAGUGAGGGGGUUUUUUAACCAGCUCUGAUCUGACUCCAGUUGUGACCAAGUUACAAUGUGUUUCCAUCCUAGGAGAGCUGUGCUGCUGUCUAGAUCUUCUUGAAUGUUGAUAAAAAACGAAUGACUACUACAAUACAUUUGUGUUGCUUGUUGGAUGACUUUGCAUGUUACCUGUAGGCCAAUAUAGAUUUGCCUUUAAAACUCUGGAGGAGUUACAUAGUCAACAUCAGUUUCUUUUAAUUAUGCAUCAGACAAAAAGCCAUUUGUUACCAAACUGGAAAACCAGAGGCUUUUCUUAAUGACUUCACAUACUGUAACAAAGAUGAAUUUAAAUCUGUGAAAAUUCUCUGGUUGCUCUAAGCAUAAUUAACAAUUUUUGUAAGUAAUGGGUUGCUAAUUAUUUAUUAUAACUAAAAAGGAAAAAAAGGCAUAAGAUGACCUUCUGCUGAUUAGAUUUCCAGUUUUCUCCCAAACUGGAAAUGCCUCGCCAGAAAUAUAAUUUAUAAUUUUUCAUGAAAUAUAGCAAAUCAGUGUUUUAUGUAAAAUAUUAAAGUGUUCAUAUAAAUAUGUAAGAAUGAAACAAUUUAAAUCCAGAAAAUGGCAGUCCUUAAGAUUCACGAAAAAGAUACUAUUAAUUUAACCAGAUCUAUGUAGAAGUAGAAUAAGAAAAACAUUUUUAAGCUGGAAUAAACACUAAAAAAAUUGCAGAAAAUAAUGGAUAUUUGGAUUCCAAACAUUUUUGACAGUGGAAUGAAAACUUUUCUGUACUUUUAUUAUCACUGGGCAUUUUUUUUAAGUAUCCAUUGAAUUUACCAAAAGUUACUGUAGUUUAAGAGGUUUUUGUGAGCAUUAACUAUUGGCAGAAACUGCACUUGCAAAUAAAAAUAAUUGUUUGCCUUUUCCCCAUUGUGUUACUGGAAA